AUGGGAUUGGCGAAGCAGAGGCUUAUCACAAGUUUGAUUCCACAGUUACCACCUGAGUGGCAGGAUUGGGCGGCUUCACUAGUGCUGCAGUAUAUAGUUAGGACUGAGUUUGGACGUUUAGUGCGUGCAGAUUUUAGGGGUUUUAUAGCGAUGAUUAGUCACCGCUACCUUGCUUUUGAUGAUCCCCCACCACCACCAUAUGAUGCACCCUCUCCUCCGACAGAUCCUUUUCCGAUUAUACCCGCACCCCCAGUUGAUGAGAUUCCGUAUGUUCCUGAGCCAGUUGUGCCUGAUGAGGCCGUUGCUUUUGAGCCCAUUGUCCCGGAUUCUGCUGUUCUGGAGUCAGGCAUUCUGCAGAUUGGAUCGCCAUAUAUGGAUUUUGAUCCAUUUCAUUACUUGACAUUGAUACCCUUUCCCUAUGCUGAUCUGCCGCCCUGGGAGCCGGCCCCAGCGACAGAACCAUUAUCAUUGCCUCCUUCAGAGAUUAUACCACCUAUUCCAUCUACGAUGCCUUGGACCGAGUAUGUGUCUUUUGAUCCUUACCCGAAGGUUGCUCCUCUACCUGAGCCCGGCACACUUGAGUUUCAACUUUACAUGCAUCCUAUACUAUACCCGCCAUCCCGAGAUGCACAGGAGGGACCGUCUCAUCCGAUUCCGAUUGAUAGUGAUGAUGAGGACCCAGACGAGGAGACACCUGAGAUGACAGUUGGGCAUGGACAGACCCGACCACUACGGCGUCGGACCACUACUGAUGGAGUCGAUGUAUGGGAGCCUAUUCUAGAGCCACCUAUUUGCGGCCCGAUGGCGGAUACAGAUGUUGAAGAUGAGACAGAGGAUGAUGAUGAAAAUGGGAACCGCUUGAUUGAUGGAGGUGAGGAUGAGGAGACCGAGCCUAGUGAAGAUAUGACAGUAGAUGAUGCAGAGAGUAGAGUAUCAGGAGACGGUUUCGGUGGGACUGGAUGGAUCUGA